CUCCCUGUGCCCUCCGACACUAACCGUAGAGAUUUUCUGCAAUACCUAAUAACAAUGGCUUUUGCCUUGUCGUCUUCACUACAUAUCUCGAGGGUUUGUAGUUUAUAUUCACCAAAUUGCAACUCUGCUUCUCCUCCUACUUUUCUUCAGAAAUCCUUCACUGAAUACGGUCCAUGCCUUCACUUUCUACAGAGUUUUCGUAGCAGCUUCGCCUAUAAUAGUAAUUUCAAGCAUCAAAGAAGAACACGUGCUCGUUUCUCUCUGGAAAGAAGCAUUCUAGAGCCAGGGAAGACGCCAGGCACAAGGAGUCCUGUAGGGAACACUGAGAAGGUUUCAAGCACUGAAAUCCAGGUUCCUUGUUCUGGAUCACCUGUGCAGGAUUCAAGCUCUCCUUUGGUUAGUGCACUUCAAGCUUCUGCCAAGCAAGAUGCAGCCAGUUUUCAUUUCCCUGGACACAAUAGAGGGCGCGCUGCACCCCCUUCACUGGUUCAACUCAUUGGAACAAAACCGUUUAUUCAUGACCUGCCUGAGCUUCCUGAGCUUGACAAUCUCUUCUCUCCAGAGGGCCCUAUUUUAGAAGCACAGAAGCAAGCAGCCAAACUGUUUGGAUCCUCUGAAACAUGGUUUCUUGUUGGGGGUACUACAUGUGGGAUCCAGGCAGCAAUCAUGGCUACUUGUUCCCCUGGGGACUCACUCAUCCUCCCCCGAAAUUCCCAUAUAUCAGCCAUAUCUGCGAUGGUAUUGUCAGGUGCACUGCCAAAGUACAUUAUACCUGAGUACAGUUCGGAGUGGGACAUUGCGGGUGGAAUCACUCCAUCACAAGUUGACAAAGCAAUCAAGGAAUUGGAGACAGAUGGUCGAAAAGCCAAGGCAGUGCUUGUUACUUCACCUACUUACCAUGGCAUCUGUAGCAAUUUGAGUGAGAUUGCACAACUGUGUCAUUUUCUUGGAAUCCCUGCGAUAGUUGAUGAGGCACAUGGGGCCCACUUUGAAUUUCAUCCUUCACUUCCUAAUUCUGCCCUUCAGCAAGGGGUGGAUCUCGCUGUACAGUCCACACACAAGGUUCUUUGUUCCCUUACACAGUCAUCAAUGCUACACAGGUCAGGAGAUAUUGUGGACAGAGAAAGAAUAUGUAGAUGCCUCCAAACACUUCAAAGCACCAGCCCAAGUUAUUUGCUUCUAGCAUCAUUAGAUGCUGCUACGGCUCAGUUAAGUGAAAACCCAAGAACCAUUUUUAAUGAAGUCAUGGAAUUAGCUGCUGAAGCAAAACAUGUGAUCAAGAGGAUCCCUGGAGUUUCAGUCCUUGGCUUUCCAAGCUUCUCCAACUUUCCUGCCAUAGAUCCCUUGAGGAUUACCAUUAGUGUCCGGGAUCUUGGCCUAUCCGGUUAUGAAGCAGAUGAGAUCUUAUGUAGGCAUCAUGGGGUCAUUGCUGAACUUGCAGGGACCCGGUCUUUAACAUUUGCCAUUACCUUGGGAACCAGCAGACAGCACAUUCAGAGGCUUGUGUCGGGAGUAGAAGAUUUAUCAGCAACCUCUCUAAGAAAUUAUGCAAGGGAGGAAUUGAAGAAGCAUAGCGAUUGUGCACCGUUUGCUGAUAUUAGCAUGAGCCUGAGUCCUAGAGAGGCCUUCUUUGCAAGUAAAAGGAGAGUGAGUAUAAAAGAGAGCCUUGGGAAGGUAUGUGGGGAGCUUAUAUGUCCAUACCCACCAGGGAUUCCAGUGGUUUUCCCAGGUGAGGUUAUUACUGCUAGAGCUUUAGAUUAUCUGUUGGGUGUUAGAAACAAAGGUGCUGUUAUUAGUGGAGCAUCUGAUCCUCUACUCUCUUCCAUGCUUGUGUGUAAUGUAUAAAUUAUACAGA